AAUUUUAAAAUACAGGGACUAAAUUCUUAAUUUUUAAAAUGUUUAGCUCAAAAUAAUUUUUUAUUUGAUAGAAAGGAAAAUAAAAAGCACAAAAUCAGCAAAGUGCAGAACCGGGGAUAACGCUGAAAAUGACAGUUGUACCACUGGCAAUAGCAGUUGAUCUCAGGUACCGUCGUUGGCGCCAUCAAUUUUCUCUGUUCAUCAGCCAUGACCCAUGGUUUCGUCCGAUGGUCAUUCAAGCUGCUGGCAGAUACCCGAAUUUGGCCGAGUACUACCAGAAAAACGCCACCAAGUUUUGGGACAAUUUCUAUAAGCGCCAUAAAAACAAGUUCUUCAAAGAUAGACAUUACUUGGAGAAGGACUGGGGGCAAUACUUUUCUGAUGAUGCUAAUUCCGCUAAUGUCAAGGUUCUUUUAGAGGUUGGUUGUGGAGCUGGCAAUACAAUCUUUCCACUUAUUGCAGCAUAUCCCGAACUUUAUGUGCAAGCUUGUGAUAUCUCACCUCAUGCAGUCGCGCUUGUUAAGUCACAUGCGGAGUUCAAAGAAGAUCGGGUGAAUGCAUUUCUAUGUGAUGUUACAGUUGACAAUCUUCUUGAAAAGAUUAAUCCGUUUUCAGUUGAUGUAAUUACCUUGGUUUUCAUGCUUUCUGCAGUUUCACCACAUAAAAUGCCUUCGAUAUUGCAGAAUAUUAAAAGAGUACUAAAGAUGGUUAUGUUCUCUUGCGAGAUUACGCCAUUGGAGAUUUUGCACAAUUGGCAUGCGCCUUUCUUCUUUUGUUGCAUGCUUUCAACUUAUAAGGUGAAGCUAGGAAACAAGAAUCAGAUGAUAAGUGAGGGCUUUUAUGUACGCGGUGAUGGAACUUGUUCAUUUUACUUUUCUGAGGACUUCUUGUCAACCUUAUUUUUCCAAGCUGGCUUCAACACUGUAGAUAUCAGCACAUACUGCAAGCAAAUCAAGAAUAGUCAUAAGAAUAUAACUAUGGAUAGGCGCUGGGUACGAGCUGUUUUUAACAAUUUGGAGUGAUAUUCCAGGGUUAGCUGAGAUUAUGUAACCCAGAUGAUGGUACUGUGAUUCAUAUAUUGAGUGUUCAUUUAUCAGCCAAAGCCAGGUUUGGGUGUUUUUGUGGCUGGGUUUCAUAGUCCCAAUAUAUAUUUUUUGCUAAAAUCCAUGGAAGGAAAACGUCAACUUUUAUCAAAUUAGUUGUGGCAGUCUGGCAGACAGGAUCCCGCUCACUGUUGAUAUUCAACUUACAUUAAGAAAUUAUUCUUUUCUCUUAUUAAAAAAGAAGGAUCCUCCCUGUUGGCCGCUAUUUAAGACAUCAGUAGAUGCAGAUGGUUGGCCUUUCUGUUCCCAGUAAGCCUCCUGUCAUGCUACUGGAAAUUUUAGGUUCUGGAUGUGAUGCAGACUUUGCAAAAUGGACUGGUUGGUUGACCAAUAUAUUAAUAAAGUUUUUUGCAUUUAAUA